UAACUAAAUAAUAAAUAAAACAAAUAUUUUAAUGAAAGCUCUUUUAUUACUGUUGCUUUUCUUAUUCGGACUGACCUGUGCCAAUGAUGAACUUAUCCUUGUAUUUGACCUCUCAAGACAUGGUGCAAGAGCACCACUGGUAGAACAGUACUCUCAAGACUUCGAUGUUAAUGUUGGCAUGCUGAGUGCAAGUGGCAUGAGGCAACAUUACUUGAUAGGAAGAUAUCUUCGUAAGAAAUAUAUUGAACAGAUGGAGUUCCUGAGUCCUCAGUACAAAGAAGAUGAAAUCCAUGUCACAUCUACACAUUUAGGCCGGACUAUUCAAAGUGCCAGAUGUCAUUUAAUCGGAUUAUAUCCGCCUGAAUCAAGUAAUAAUCAGAUUCAGGGAGAUUUUGAAAAAUCAAUGCCUCUGAUGAACUUGAGUGAUGAUUAUGUUGGAAAUACAAGAUAUUCUAUCCCUAGCAAAUAUGAGCCAAUUGCUGUACACAACAAUGAGCAGAAAAGAGAUACUGUAUAUUCCCUAGGGUCUUGUCCUUACUUAUAUUCAAAAAUGAAUGCAAGGAGAGAAAAUCCCUCUGCUUGGAAGAAGUUUGAUGCUUACUUCAAACCAAGAAUCUACAAGAAAAUAGCAGAAUACUUCGGACUUCCCGAACAGGAGUUAAAUUAUCAAAGCACAUACGUUCUUGGUGAUGCUUUGGUGAGCCUCGAAUUUGAAGGUUUGUUCUCAAGAGAGAACUUUACCGAAGAAGAAUGGCUAGAUGUUAAGAGACUACAAAUUCCUUGGCUCAUAGAUUCUGUUUCUCCUCUUGGGAACAAAUUAAUGGUAUCUAAACUCUUUAACCCCAUUCUUGAGUUUAUGCUAAUGAAAAUGGGAAGAGACCACGACAAUCGGCAAUUGACUGGAUUUAGAGGCACUGAGAAAUAUAUUUAUUUCUCCACUCAUGAUACAAUGAUUGCAAACUUUCUGAGGUUCUUUAAUCCUGAGAACUUUGAGUUAGAAUAUGUAGACUAUGCUAGUGGGUUCAUAUUUGAGUUAUAUAAGAGGCCAAAUGGAGAGUACUAUGUCAAAAUAUUUUACAAUAAUUCCCAAAUAAAGCUUCAUGAGUGAAAGAACAUAGACUGUGAGUUUGAUCAAUUCUACAGAAUGUUUAGAGAGCAUGGUUUGUUCCAAGAUGAGGUGUUUUACAUUUGUAACUCAGGAAUAAUAACUCCCCCUGAGUUUAGAGAUAGUAUCUAACAAUUGAAAGAUUCAA